CACUCAAAUCUCCACAUUCUUUGUAAUUUUGUGAGUUCAACUUAUAUAGCAAAUGGCUUCAAAGUUUCACUAUCAAGGCAAUCACGCAUUCUGUAAAACAGAAAAGGGUUAUAUAGUAUAUCCCAAAGCUCUUAAUAUUAUUUGGGGAAACGAUAAGCGCUUUUGGAGGUUACCCAAAUACGAAAAUGAUGGUGCAGAACUUAUACAAGUAAAUUGGCUGGAGGUAACUGGUUGCAUUGACAAUGUUGUAGAAAAGAAACCAUACGACAUUGGCUUUACCAUGUCAUUGAUGACUGAUGCGUUCGGUUGGAAUGAGUCACCGGUUUAUAUUAUGGCUAAAUGGGGAGAUAACACUCAAUGGAGAAAGGUGAAUUUGACAACUGAGAAGGACAAAAAGAUGAUACAAAAAACUAUUACAAUAACAAAAGGGAAGGGGAAUGCUGAUGAUAAGCUUUGUUUUGGGUUGUAUGAAGUUUGGAACAAAAAGUGGAAAGGAGGUCUCAAAAUUCAUUGUGUAAACUUGACAGAGAGAAGCUAAUUUAGCUGAUGGAGUGAAAUAAGAGAGGAAGCUCAAGUUAAAAGUCAUAUUUUUGUUCCAUGUAUUUUGUUAGAGUGUGGUUUCUUACAUAUAUUUAACUACUGUACUUGUCCGCGUUUCGUGCGAUCAUGAAAAAUCAAAAUAUACUUUAAUUUUAAGUCAUAGUACCCAUAAAGAAAAUAAAUCUUCAGAAAUAAACAUCUUUUUGAUGAUUCUACCACUUUUUAUAGUUCUUUUAACAUCUUAUAUAAAAAGAAUUGUAAGAAACAUUUCUAGAUUAAAUGCGAAAUAGGCUAUCUAAUCAGUAUAUGUGUUGAAUUCCAUAACUCUCAGGGUCUUUCAUAGGUAUCACACUUGGUUAAACCUCUCUUUUUUAUUUUGUUGUUGCAAAGACAAUCUAAAUUUAAAAUAGAUUCUUGUGAUCAAAAACUCUCGUUUUAUUUUUUUGUAGCAAAAUUAGUAACAAAGUUUAGAAAAAGGAAGAAUGUUCAGCCUACCAUAACAGUGAAAGAUUGUCAAGGAAAAAAAAAAAUUAGAAACCAAUAACAUAUUUGUAAGCAACCCCUUAAUUUAGGAUCAAAAAUAUUUUUAAGGAUAAGCACCAAAACAGAUAGAGUGGUCUCCAGUUAUGUGUGUGUGUAUAUUUCUUUCUGAUGAGGUAAAUAUCUUGUUAUAUAAAUCUCUUUAUAAUGACUUACAUGACAUAGUCUUCUCUCAACUAUUAGGUUGAAAAUUAAGUACCGGUCAUGCUUAUAAGUUUUUCAUUCAAGAAUAACACAACUUAAAUGCUUUAUGAGAAAGUGGUGGCAAAAGACAAAGCUACGUGUGAUCUUGAAAUAUAAUGCCAACUUGAUUUGAAAUCUGAUCACAUUGACCUCAAGAAUUUAAUUUUUUAAUGGAGGCGAAAAAAUAUAGCAGAAGAUUGUACGAUAAUUUUAUCUAAUGAUAUGUAACUGAAGUGGAAGGAAACGUUUGAACAGUACCUUUGCUUCUCAAAGAACACCCCAUAGAAGUAGUGGAAAACUAGUUUCAGGAAAACCAACAGUAGACCGGAGAAUUGAUUGGAAGAUUAUCGAACAUGGAACCUUUAUUCCAGUCUCAAGUACGGUGCUUCAAUUCAAGCCAGCACCUAACAUUUCACUCACUAUUUCAAAUGGUUAAACGUGAUACUUCAGCAGUCAAUAUUUAAAAAUUGAAGCUACCUGUAGGAAUAUGAAUAGCAUAAACGAAUUAAGUAGAGUACAGACUUAUGAUGAUGCACAUAUUAAUGAAUCAAACAUUACCACUUUAAGAUUUUACUCACACUUGCCUUGUCACAAAGUACAGGCAAUAAAAUCUAUCACUUGUUCAUGAUUUUUCCAAAAAGCCAUAUCUCCCUAUUUGUAUGAGUUUUUUUUUUUU